GCGAACGGUGUCGUUAAGACGUUUCUCCUGUACGGUUUAACCGCGGUGAAAAAGAAAAAAACACAACAAAAUUUAGAUAUCUAGUCUUUCAGUAUUGGCGUUGCUUUAAAAUUAACCGUGGUUGGGUAGAAACUAACUACGGUUAGUUUUAGAGAUGUACUGCUGGUUUAUAAAUGAAGGGACCAUGCCGGUGAAUCAACCAACAAUCUCCUUCUUCUCCCCUAAGGAGAAACACAGAAGCAAAAGAAAAACCAGCAGAGCAGAAAGGUAAAAAUGAUGAUCGAUGAGCAACCUAACCGCCCUAACCAGAAGCUUCAUGUUCCGCCAUGGACGUUUAUGGAAGAUCCGGCGUCGGAUGGGUACAGUCAUUCGCCGGGAAGCGGCGGCAGCGGAAGUGGAAGCGGAAGCGGAGUCAAGUGCGACGGAUGUUCCACUGGAGAUGGAUACUCUCCUUUUUAUCUUCAGGAAGCAUUGGCGAUGCUGCAGCAGUACUUACCGUCGAAAGAGGCAGAGGUGGAAUCGGAUCUUGAUGCUUCAGGUCGGGAGGCGGAUUCUCCGGUGGAUACGUACUCCUCCGAUCAGUUUCGAAUGUAUGAGUUCAAGAUUAAGAAGUGUUUGCGAGGAAGAUCGCACGACUGGACCGAGUGCCCGUUCGCUCAUCCCGGCGAGAAGGCUCGCCGGCGAGAUCCGAGGAAGUAUUACUAUUCUGGUACGGCGUGUGCAGAUUUUAGGAAGGGGAACUGUAAUAAAGGAGAUGCGUGUGAGUUCGCUCAUGGAGUUUUCGAGUGCUGGCUUCAUCCGGCUCGAUAUAGGACUCAGCCGUGCAAGGAUGGAACGAGUUGCCGAAGGAGAGUUUGCUUCUUUGCUCAUACGCCAGAGCAACUUAGGAUUUUGCCUCAACAGAGUCCUCGGAGUACGAGUUCCAUCCCUUCAUACGACGGAUCUCCUCUUCGGCAAGCAAUUGAGGCCUGUGCGAAACAAAUGCCCUAUUUAUCUUCUUCAGGAACAUCGACGCCGGUAUCUCCUCGAAUCGAGUCUCCGCCUCAAUCGCCAAUGUUUAGAUCACUUAAUCGACCGCACGCGACUAGUUCGAUCAACGAAAUGGUAGCGUCGCUACGAAGUUUACAACUCCACAAGGAACUCGGUAAAGUGCAAUCUCCUUCUUCGUUGUGGAAUGUUCAAGUCGGAUCUCCUGUGUUCGGAUCUCCAGGGGAAUCCAGCGCUCGUUCUGGCUUCAGUAGCCUUCCAGAUACUCCAACUCCUCCUGCCGUCCGAUAUCUCGAUUUCUGGGACCUAGGUAGCGGCGAGGAACAGGCGAUGGCGCGAGUGGAAUCCGGGAGAGAUUUACGAGCAAAAAUGCUGGAGAAACUACGAAAGGAGAACUCCGUCGCGUGCGGCGAUCAGGAGAAACCCGGCGGCGGAAGUGUGGACGUUGGUUGGAUCUCGGAGCUUCUCAAGUAAUUUGUGUGAAAGAAAAACAAAGGUUCGUCUCCGAUUCUAAUUUGGCUCCAUUACAACCAGGAUUUCUUCUGCUUUUUUCUUGAUUAAUAUUAUAACAGUACCGGAAUUGGAUUGAGAAGAAUCAGAAUCUUUCGAUUUGGAAGAACAUCGUAAUUUUUCAUAUUCAAGAUUCUCUGUAAAUAUUAAAUUUAGGGUUGGGUGUGCAAAUGGAUGGACGAUUGGAGAAUCGAUUCUGUUUUGUU